AUGGACUUUAAACGUACCAACUCGAGCCGCACCGGGUUAAACUCGGGACGCUCCGUGCCGCCGCGCCCGCCCACCGCAACACCGAUGCGUAUCUCCACCUACUCAAGUGCUUCCACACCCAGGCGAAACACGACACCAAACAGCCAAAGGUCUCCAGCAGGCAUGACACCAACGAUGCAACGACCGCCGCGACCUGGUGGCACGCCGGCAUCGGCACGCGGGCCACGACCUGGACUUCCCCGCCCUGAGUCCUUCAGACGCACCGGAACGGGUGUUAGUCUUUCUGGUGCCAACAACAACCACAGCAGCAGCAUCUCCAGCAUUGGGAAUACCAGUGGGGGUGGGGGCAGCAGUCAUCAUCACAUGCGACCACUCUCAGGGAAAACGGGAGGCAACGGUCGCGUGAACGUGUACGCGCGUGUGCGUGCCUCCGCCGCGAAUGAGACGGCAGAGGACCAGCAACAGUUGGCGGUGCGCAUGAAGGAUGAUACAGUGGAUGUUUUGGUGCCUCAGAAAGGUCGCUUCACCUUUACCUUCGACGGGGUUUUUUGGAGCAACGAAAACGCCGGUACGAAGCCGUUUUCCAGUCAGGAAGACGUAUUUGAGGUCAUCGGUCGACCGCUAGUUGAGAAUGCCUUGGCUGGGUACAACGCCGCUAUUAUGGCAUAUGGGCAAACCGGCAGCGGUAAGACGUACACAGCGUUUGGCCCCCCCAAUUCCCUUGGCACCCCGGAGGAGGGUCUCAUUCCACGCGUAUGUGAGAUGAUCUUCUCACGCGCCGCCGCCAGCUCGCAGAAAGGGGUGACGUACCGCGUGUGUGCGUCCAUGUUGGAGGUCUACCUUGAGGACGUCUUUGACCUGCUGAACCAUCGUCGGAUGGUCUCCAUCCGUAACAACUACACGGACAAUUCCUUUCAUGUGGUUGGUGCAAGGUCUAUUCCUGUCCGAAGCUAUGAGGAUAUUGCUGCGCUGCUGCGGAAGGCGGAGCCACUUCGCACGUUUGCGGCGACCGCCGUUCACGACCGCUCCUCUCGUGCCCACACACUUUUCCAGCUGGAGGUGCAGACCUCCUUCGAGUCGACAGACAUCGUCCCCCGCAUCUCCAAGUUACUUCUUGCGGACCUUGCCGGCGCUGAGCGCAUCAAAAUCGCUCAAACCGAGACUGGGCUUCCGUUUGAGCAGGCACGCAACAUCAACCUUUCGCUGCUUGCGUUGGGCUCCUGCAUCGAGGCUGUGGCGACACGCAAGGGCUAUAACCAAAAUAUUCCAGAGUUCCGCAACAGCACUCUGACGAGGCUGCUAAAGGAGUACCUUGGCGGCAACAGUGUGUCGGCGAUGCUGGUGACCAUCGCGCCAAGUGCGCAUGACGCCCAUCUCAGCGUACAGUCGCUCCGCUUCGCCGAUCGCGCCAAGCAGAUGACCACCCACGCGAAGAUCAACACCGUGAAGCCAAUUGAUGCCACGGAUGAAGGCGCCUCCAAGCUCAGUGAAGAGCUCCGUGACGCCUACCUAAAGAAGAAAGAAGCGCUCUACGCCGAGUAUCAGCUGCAAAACACCAUUGAGGAACUGCUCAAGAAAAUUGCCAUCCUUGAGGCGCAGCUUAUGGAGGCCACCAAUGAAGAUAUAAUUGCUCGUCUGCAGGAGGAAAUUGAGGGCCAUCAAAAGACUCUGACUGAUGCUGACGCCCAGCUGCAGGAACAACGGCGCAUUCUCUACCCCAACGAGGUUGUCCUUGAGGACAAACUUAAAGAGGUAGAAACAAGGAUGCAGGAGUUGAAAGAAGAGCAUGAGGAUGCCCUUGAAAGCCUCAUGACAGAGGAUCUUCGCAAGUACACCGAUACGAUGAGGACAAAGGAAUUACGUCACAAUGAGAUUAUCGCUUCCAUGCAGGCAGAACACAAUGACGAGGUGUCAAGUCUGCAGAAACUACUCGACAAGGCCAACACCUCAAUUCAACAGCUCACAGCAUCGCUGUCAGAAACAAAGAAUGAACUUUGCAGAGCUGAUGAGAGUUUAGGAGAAAUGCAGUCUGCGUUCGCUGAGCUCGAGGAUCUCUCCACGACCAUGAAAACCACGCUAGAGGGCCAGAUCAAGCAGCUACGUUUAGAUCUUGCGGACCGUGAAGAGAAAUUAGAAGAGAUGCACACCGUCUCGAAGGACCUUGAGGAGCGGUACGCCGACGACACCCGAGCUGCCGAGGAGAAGCAGGCGGAGCUGCAGGGCCAGAUUGAGCAGUUGCAGGGUGAUGUGGCUGAGCGUGACCAGAAGCUGGAGGAGAUGCUUGCUGCACAGAAGGACCUUGAGGAGCGGUACGCCGAGACACCCGAGCUGCCCAGGAGAAGCAGGCGGAGCUGCAGGGCCAGAUUGAGCAGCUGCAGGGUGAUGUGGCUGAGCGUGACCAGAAGC